CCAUCUCGGAUCCUUCCCGAGUCCACUGCUGUUGUUCUAAUGACGUCAGGAUCCACCGGAGAUGCAAAAAUGAUAGAGCAUUCCCAUUUCGGGUUGGUAAACACCGCAUCAUCUUUUAUGCUGUCGAGAGGCUUAGACGAGGCAGAUAGUGGUGGUGCGAUGUACAAUGACAGGCCUUUCUCUUGGGUAGGAGGUUCCGUAAUCUAUGGUCUUCUAAAUGGUGACACGCGAGUAUUUAGAGAUGGGCGACUAACUAUGAAGAAAGAUGGUGUGUUUGGCCUUUGGAAAGCUGUUGUAGAAGAAAAAUGCACCAAUGGUUUUUUCAUGCCAUCAACAAUUUUGGAUCUGAUAGAAAAUAUUGAAGAAAUCACGAAGAGUAAAUAUCGCUUGAAGGCAAUUCUCACAGGUGGUCAAAUGAUCAGCUCGCAGAUCGUUGAUGUACGCAAGAAACUGUGUAAGACGGUUGUGUCGUUGUAUGGGCUAACAGAGAUCUCAGUUGUGACAAGUAUAGAGUUGGAUCCUUCUACGCUUCCCGGGACUCUUGGUUCUCUUUUUGAAGGGGUUGAGGUUAAGAUUGUCGAUAGCGAUUCAAAUACGUUGCCUCGACAACAGUUGGGAGAAAUUUGUUUUAAAUGCCCUUGGAUGUUAAAGGGUUAUAGGAAAGCUUCAACAAAGCGCAGAAAUGCCAUCUCUGACGGAUGGAUGAAUACUGGCGACAUCGGAAUCAUAGAUAUCGAAGGGAACCUCGUCAUCAAAGGCAAAGCAGAAAGUGUCAUUAAACGACAUACACUUAAAAUCUUAUCCGGAGAUGUAGAGGAGUGCAUCGCUACAUUACCAGGUGUUAAGCGAGUCGUCAUCAUUGCUGUACCAGAUGCUCGUUCGAAUGAAGAGGUUUGCGCAUGUGUGGUUCUUGAUCAAAGUUCGGGGAUCACCAUGGAUGAAGUUAAAACACAUUGCAAAGAAAAACUCGGAGACAACAUAACAGGCUACGCUCCGACGUAUUAUCUGCAGUUUCAAGUCAUUCCUAUGCUUGGAACAGGAAAACCUGAUAGAAUGAAAAUUAAACACGAUGCUUUAGAAUUGAUUAAUCAGAAGCAAUGUGUAUAA